AUGACAGCUACAGAGGAAGCGUCGACUGAAGCUCCGCCACCCCAGACGCGCAAGCUCGCGGAUGAAAGUAAAUUUAUCCUAACUGUCUACAAGUAUGACCCGCGGACGAAGGAGACACGGACAGCUGCGACUGUCCCUGCAUCAAAAGACCUCAAGGGAAAAACCCUGCAGGAGAUCCGAUACUGGCUGAUUAAUACAGGAGCCUUGAACAAAAACCUGGCAAAAAGAGCACUCUGUACCUCAAAUGGAGGGGAGGUACCAGAUAGCACCACGUUAACUGACUACUUUGCUAUGAAUGGUAUAGCUGCGGAUGCAGCCUCCGGUACCGUCUACAUAAAGUCAGGCGGGAGCGAAGAACUUGACGAGUCCAUGCAGUCAUGGCUGAGCAAGGGAUUAGAUCUUAGUGGUAAAAAUGCCCCAACGCUAGCUAGUAUUCAAGCUGCGACUCUCUCCAGCAGCUACUCACACGGUGCGUGGAAGGCAAGCGAAGGCAACGGCCAAGUGGUGCAUCCAUCCGACUUGUCCGAAAAACAGUGGGCAACUGUGUUGCGGAACAAUGAUAUGCUAUGCGGUCACUAUCUGAAGGCUGGUCGCGCAGAAGAAGAGCUAGUAUUCACUGGCCUUGAACCUCGAUACUACCCAGCCUUUGCUAUCGCGAAAAGGCAGAUACCAGACUAUGACAUUCCCGCAGGUGCAGCAGAGGGAGAUUUCAAAGCGCCAUCUAUGGAUUUCCGUAUCCCCCGUUUCCGCAUCACCGAUAAGGCACGCGUAGAUGUGCUCGAAUUGAAGAGCUCUCUGCAGGUCUCUAUGGCAGAAAGUGCAUUUAGCCAAACGACUGUUGAGGCCUCCAUUGGAGGUUCCUUUUGUGGUGUGAGCGCGGGAGUCAAGGCAGGGUACAGUGGAAGCGACGAGAGUAACUCUGCUUCUUCCACAUCCAGCUCCCAAGAGUUUAUGUACAUCUCUUAUGAUUUCCCCCGAGUUGAGGUAUACCUUGACCAGGAAAGCCUUGAGGUGUCGGCCGAAUGCAAAAGGGACCUGGAUAUCCUACGGCAAAUGCGCACCAAAGAGGAACUAGAGCGAUUCUAUAAAAAAUAUGGGCAUGUCUUUGUUCCCCAGGUCCAACUUGGAGGCCGCCUCUACUCCAUUGAGAGCUCUCAGAGCUUUGGAUCAGCGACCAAGGAACAGAGAACUCAAAUGAUGAAGGCCUCUGCGAGUGCGUCAUUCUCUGGUUAUGGGGCUAAAGCAGAGGUCAGCGCGAGUCACGAAAAGAACACCGCACAAGAGAAGACUAGCACUAGCAGUACAUACAACCAUUCCAUUACGUGGCAUGCAGACGGAGGGGACACCUUACUGUGCAACAAUCCACCAUCUUGGUGUCCAACUGUCGCCAAUUAUCAGAACUGGCGUAUCAUGAAGAGGAACGAGGGGGUGGACCUUAUCGAGAUGAUUGGCAAAAUCGAUGGUUUUAAAGACAUCCCCAGGUUGGUUCAAUAUAUCGACGACGUGUUUGUCGGGUUUAAACUAUACAACAGCGCAACGAACGAGCUGGCAAACAAAGCCGUGUACCACUACCAGACUGCAUACGAGAGAUACCCCAUCGUCAACUACCCCGAAGGGAGGCCCAAGUUCUCUUUUGUUCUUCAAGCUGCUGCUAAAAAGACACAAGUUUAUUGGGAUCAUGGUAUCCCAAGGAUGAAAUACGGAGUUUCCUAUCGCCCAUGUAUUUACCACGAGGGAAAUUGGUACGGCAUUCGCCGGACCACUAAAGCCGAUCACUUCGGUAGAGAAGGGAUAUUGUACGCUGGGAGGGAUGAAGACUCAAACAUUAGUAUGACUCUCAUCUCCAACGAUGGAAAGAAAAAGCCUGAAGACACGGUCGGCACAUAUGACAAUGUCCUCCUGGCUUUUCACGACAUGAAGGGUGAAUAUAUUGGGAGUGUCGAGGUUGAGGAUGAUAUGAUAUUCCUAGGCAGCAAAAAUAUGCUGAACUUUGAGUUGCAUUGCGUCUAA